AUGGAGGACAGAGUUUUGAGAACCAAUUAAAUAAUUAACAGAGCGCAGGAUUACUAAACCACAAAGUUAGGAUCUUUAGGAGACAAUCAAUAUUUGAAAAAAGAAAACUGGAGACAAAUUGAUCAACUAAACAAAAACGAAUUUGGAAGUUAUGAAAGAUAAAAAUAAAACUUGGACUCAAAGAUUCAUUAACAAUCAUUCAAAUAAGUUUGUAAUCGCUAAGUAGAGAAAGAGUUAAAUAGUUAUAAUUCAAAACUUAAGGAAUCAUAUUAUUAUGAUUAAGCAAGACCUUAAACCGCUGUUUAUUAGUCCAAAGAAGACAAGUAAGAUCAAAUACAUUUUAAAACAGAAGAUAGAUAAAGAAUAGAACAAUAGUUAGCUCAUUCCUCUGAUAAAUAUUUAUCAAAAUAAAAUGGAUUGCCUUUUGGUAAUAGAACUCCAAUGGAUCCAAAAGCUAAUUUCAUUGCAAACACUCCUCAAGAUAGAGCAAUAAAAAAUGCGUUUAAAAGCGAAUACCAAUAUUCGAGUUUGAAGAGAGACAAUAAAUUACCAGAAUAUUAAAGAAUUUAUCCUGAAACAACAACAGAUAAAACUGCCUUGCGUGAAUAAAUUUAUAGAACAGAUUAAAAACAGACAUAAGAAUAAUCAAGUUUCUAAGAUAUCGAAAGAAGACUAUAAUAGAGGAGAGAAUAAGUAGAGAAGAUAGCAGGAUAAUAGGAGGGAAGACUUAAUUAUUAUUCAAAAUCAUAAGAAUACUCCCAAAGAUAAUAAGGAUUAGAGGGCAGCUAAUUGAAAAUGAAAUAAUUCUAAGAAUAACUUAGAAAUGAAGUAUAGACUAGAUUGAAAGAACAGUCUAAUAAAUAGUAUAAUAUUAAUGAAGAUAAAAGACAAUAUGAAAGGGAUUUUGAAAACAAAUAAAAAAACAAAGAAAUACUUGAAUUGGAUUAAUUCAAAUACACCCAAUUAGAUGAGAAAUUUAAAUAAAAUGAAAGGAAAAACAUUUACAAUUAAGAUUAUGGAGUAAAUAUUAGAAAGUCUAAUGAACAAACAUCCACAAAGACAAAUGAUUCUAAAUACUAACAAAUAUCAGACUAUGGAAAAUAUCAUUUUAGUUAAAAAUAAGAAUUUGAUCUUAAUCACGAUAAGGUGAAAUUUGUUGAUAGAUCAAUUUAUCAAAAUAAAUCUGUAAAUGAAGAUGCUUGUGAUCUAAGAUAUUAAGGAAGUCUCUCUAAUGAAUCCUAUGAUAGACUACUUUAUAAAGACAAGUUGUAUUCUCAAUCAAAAAAAUAGCAAUACCAUGCUAAAAGAGAGUCUGAUUAAUCUCAAGAAAUAUAAAGAAAGCUUAACUUGUAUGAUAAGUUACAGCAAUUUGACCAGGAUAAUAAAAAGAAAUACUAAGAUGGCCAAAUAUAUUAAGCUUUGAAAUAGGAAACUAAAACUUAUGAUUUGAAGUAAUCAGCCGAACCAAAAAAUUAUGGUUAAUAGUAUGAUAUUUAAAAGCAUAAUUAAAUUUAAGAGAAAGUAGAGUUUAAAAGAUCUCAAUUCUAACCUGAAGUAAAUUAAGUUAAAGUAGAGUUGGAAAAAAAGUAUGGAUAUUUGAAAUCAGAAUUGGCCCCAUAAAAGUCAGAAUUUGAUAAAAAGAGGGUGUUUGAGAACAGGUUAAAACCAGAACCCAUUUAAACUAAGAAUGUUGGGGGUAGAGAGUAUUUGGGAUAAAAGUAUUAAUAAAGAGAAUAAUAUCGUUAUGGAUAGAGACAUAGUUAUCAUGAAGAAUCCUCUAGCGCUGAUGGUUUUGGGUUAGAAAAAGGAAAUAAAAGAAAUAAUAAUAGGGCUAUUGAUGAUAUACUUCAAGGAACAGCAUUAAGUAAAUAUAUUGAAAGAGAGAAAAAUCAAAAUAAAAUGGUAGAUAGAGUUGGAAACAGCAAGAUCAACUAUUAGAAGUCUCCAUUAAAUGAUAAAGAAUAGUAUUUAAACUAAGAUAGAUUGAAUAAAUUAAAAAGAUAAAUAGGAAAUGAUAGAUAUGCAAUAAAUGAAUUUUAAAGAAGAUAACCGUCAGAUCAAAACUUACAAAAAUAUUAUAGUGCUGGCGGUGGUUUAAUAAGUUAGCAAUUUGGAAACUAUGAUAGAAAAGAAAGAAGAAUUUGA